UGGCACAGUCUCCAGGGCGCCAUGAAUGCCAUCGUCGCGCUCUGUCACUUCUGCGAGCUCCAUGGCCCCCGCACGCUCUUCUGCACAGAGGUCCUGCACGCCCCGCUUCCGCAAGGGGCGGGGAGCGGGGACGGCCCCGGCCGGGGCGAGCACGCUGAGGAAGAGGAGGGCGGCAUCCAGAUGAGCAGCCGCCUCCGCGCCCACAGCCCGGCGGAAGGGGCCAGCGCGGAGUCCAGCAGCCCGGGGCCCAAGAAGUCGGACAUGUGCGAGGGCUGCCGGUCACUUGCUGCAGGGCAUCCCGGAUACAUCAGCCAUGACAAGGAGACCUCGAUCAAGUACGUCAGUCACCAGCACCCCAACCACCCCCAGCUCUUCAGCAUCGUCCGCCAGGCCUGUGUGCGGAGCCUGAGCUGUGAGGUGUGCCCCGGCCGCGAGGGCCCCAUCUUUUUUGGGGACGAGCAGCACGGCUUUGUGUUCAGCCACACGUUCUUCAUCAAGGACAGCCUGGCCCGGGGCUUCCAGCGCUGGUACAGCAUCAUCGCCAUCAUGAUGGACCGCAUCUACCUCAUCAACUCCUGGCCCUUCCUGCUGGGCAAGAUCCGUGGGAUCAUCGACGAACUCCAGGGCAAGGCGCUCAAGGUGUUUGAGGCGGAGCAGUUUGGGUGCCCACAGCGUGCCCAGAGGAUGAACACUGCUUUCACACCGUUCCUGCACCAAAGGAACGGCAAUGCUGCCCGCUCGCUGACGUCCUUGACGAACGAUGACAGCUUGUGGGCGUGCCUGCACACCUCCUUCGCCUGGCUCCUGAAGGCGUGCGGCAGCCGGCUGACCGAGAAGCUCCUGGAAGGCGCACCCACUGAGGACACCUUGGUCCAGAUGGAGCAGCUGGCGGACUUGGAAGAGGAAUCAGAAAGCUGGGGCAACUCUGAGGCUGAGGAGGAGGAGAAAGCCCCUGUCUUGCCGGAGGGGGCCGAGGGGCGGGAGCUGACCAAGCGCCCAGCGGAUUCGUCCUUGCUCUCAGACUGUGCUAACUGGCAGCCCCGAAAGCUCUCUGUCUUUAAAUCCCUUCGGCACAUGAGGCAGGUCCUGGGUGCCCCAUCUUUCCGCACGCUGGCCUGGCACGUCCUCAUGGGGAACCAGGUGAUCUGGAAAAGUAGAGACGCAGACCUUGUCCAUUCAGCCUUUGAAGUUCUUCGGACCAUGCUGCCCGUGGGCUGUGUGCGCGUCAUCCCUUACAGCAGCCAGUACGAGGAGGCCUACCGCUGCAACUUCCUGGGGCUUGGCCCCCACGUGCAGAUCCCUCCCCACGUGCUGGCCUCAGAGUUUGCUGUGGUGGUGGAAGUGCACACAGCCGCCCGCUCCAGCCUGCAGCCGGCCGGCUGUGAGGACGAGCCAUCCCUCAGCAAGCACGAGUUCGUUGUGACCAGUGGGAGUGCUGUGGCCGCAGACCGAGCCGGCCCCACCAUCCUGAGUAAAGUGGAAGCAGCUUUGACCAACCAGAAUCUGUCGGUGGACGUGGUGGACCAGUGCCUCGUCUGCCUCAAGGAGGAGUGGAUGAACAAAGUGAAGGUCCUCUUUAAGUUCACCAAGGUGGACAGCCGGCCCAAAGAGGACACACAGAAGCUCCUGAGCAUCCUCGGAGCGUCUGAGGAGGACAAUGUCAAGCUGCUCAAGUUCUGGAUGACAGGCCUGAGCAAGACGUACAAGUCGCACCUCCUGUCCACGGUCCGCAGCCCCACGGCCUCAGAGCCUCGCAGCUGA